AAAAACUAAUAUUCUGUUUAAUGUUCAUCUCACAAACUAAAAAUGUACAAUAAUUCCAUCGGAUAAUAGGAAAGACAUCUGUAAAACAAAAUCCUAAUCACAGUGCUAUACAAAAAGUGAUAAAACGUGAUAAAAAACAAUUAUUCUUAACUCUAUGUAAAAUCUUUAUUAAACUUUAUCCUACAUCAAAGACAAGAUUAAAAUAAAUACAACAACAAAGUAUAAACAAAAAUAAAUCUAAAGUUAUAUUCAUUUUUCCUAUGGACAAACUGUACAAAAUAUGUUUUGUUUUAAUUUCUUUAUAUACUUCUAUAGGUACGAUGACUACAGGGAUGGCCCGUUGUUCAGCUUUCAGAUAAAAACAUUAAAAAAAUCUACAAACAACAAAUAGGAGAAAUUAUUGAUACAUUAGGAAAAAAUGUAAAAACGAUAAAACGCCAACUUUAUUUCAAUAUUUUUUUACUAUAUCGACGCGACGGUCCAAUAUCGACGCCCAAAGUCAAUGUCAAACUUCAAAUGUAUACGUUACACGUCCACUUAAAGUCGAACAUCAACAUCAAAAGUCAAAUAUUUUUAAGGCCUAAUUUAUAAUUAAAGUCUUUAUUUAUAGUAAAAAGAGAUAAAGAGAGAAAAAUUAUUGAAUGCAAAAUGAACAAAUACGCAGAUUUUUUAGUUUAAAAGACGAUAAAUAAAAGAAAAUUUAAGUAUUAACAAAUUUUGCAAUAAAAUAUAAAACAAAAAAGACUUUACCAUUAACGUUAACAAAUCGUUAUAUUUGUAUGAUUCUGACGCUAUUUUCUUGUAGUAUUUUUGUGUUACUUACUGUAGUUAAUGGGAAUUAAGCACAAUUUCAGUUUUUAUAACAACGUUUCGAUUUCCACUUCAAUCACUCUCAAAAUAGGAAAAUGGAAAUCAAAACGUCAAAAUAAACGUAUUUUCAACUGAAAUUGCGGUUGUCAUUAAAUAUAACAUAACACAUUAUGUUUAUACUCACCAAAUGUAAAUCUCAAUGUCAAUGUCAAUGUCAAACGUCAAUAUCAACAGGAACGUCGUAACGUAAAACAAAAACUAACCGUGAAACAAUUUUUGAAAGUGAAUAUUUCAAGUUUACAUUAUUCCACAUUCCUCAAGAAAGAUACAAGGCACGUACGUGAAAAUAGGUAAAUUAUUGAUCAUUUAAUUAUAUUAAACCUGUUACCUACCUCGAUAUGGGGUAUUACAUAAUUUUCAAUGCAUUAUGUACAUGUUAAAAAUUAAUUUCAACUAUGAAAUUGUACACACAACGGGUCACCUGUAAGUGGUAUAUAUGUACAAUAAAAAACUAGCCUUAAAAAUAUUCUCAAACCUGUCUUUACAAACGAAAAGUACAUAUAUACAUAAAAGGAUAUUGUUCGAAAAAAGUCAAUCAAUUGUUUUAAAAUUUAGCAAAAUGAGUUUAACGAUUAGUAAAGUAGUGUCAGUUCGACGUAGAAUAGUAUAUUAACUUGGUAGUAUUAUUAGACACCUCAAUUUUAAGUAACGUCUGUGACGUCAACUGUCAAAUAGAAAAUACGUCAAGAGCAGAACAAUCAACACAUUUUAAAGCUCUUUCAAGCAUAUGGAAAGUGAGCCAAAAUGAGUCAAUGUUAUUUGAGGCAUUUUCAAUAUUAAGGAGUCAUUUUUGUGUUGUGUAUUAGAGUAAUUUGAUAUUAUAUGUCAAAAGUACGUGACGAUCACAAAAGUUAAUAAAACUUAAGAUAUUUUUCACACUAAAGAGUAGUUUUUGGUUUGUUUUAUAAAGAAUUGUACCAACAUCACAAAUACAAUGCAACAUAAGAUAUUUUCACAACAAAAGGGUCGUUUCUAUAUUGUGUUGUGGGGAAUAUGAACGAGAUUUGUCAGAAGAAUAUCAAAAUAACCAAAGUUCUGAAUCCUUUUUUCAGAACUAAAACGUGUUUUUUGUAUUUUGUGGAAUACGGUCGAGAAAGUGGUCAAAAGUGGUCAAAAAUGGAUAUAGAGUAAGAAAACGUCUCACAAAGAUGCAAAAACAUCAUCCAUGCAGUGCAGUAGAGAGAAUAAAAUUGCCGCGGCAUCAAUGGGUAAGAGGACUUAUGGAUAUAGGUGAGCAAUUGGGUAAACAAAUUGCAAAUUUAAGAACUUAUUUUCAGGUACAGACUGAGACAUCAACUUUACAUCGAGCAAUGUGAGCAGUAAAUGAUACAAUGCCGCUUAACUAAGGGAACAAGAAAUGCGCAUAAACUGAUUAGAAACAACGGAAUGACUCAGUAGCAACGAUUAUCCACCAAGAACUAGCUGACAAACUGGGACUUCUCGAAACCAACCAUCUUCCUUAUUAACAAUACGUCUCUGACAGAAUGCUUGAAAAUGACAACUACAAGCUCUACUGGGACCGCACUGUGCGUACAGACCAACCAGUGACGCAUAAUAGACCGGAUCUCAUACUAGUUAAUAAACUUACUAGACCAACAACACUUAUUGAUGUGGUGAUACCCAAGACCAAUAAUUUACGUGUUAAAUACAACGAAAAGAUCGCCAAGUACAGAGAUCUAAAAAAUACAAAUCAUGAAACAACGGAGAGUGGAAAGUACCCAGACAGUACCUAUUAUUCUCUCUAUUACUUGUGUUAUUCUUAAAAACGUCCUAGAGAACAUAAAACAGCUGCUUUUAAAUGAACAUCAAUAUAAGGCCAUGUAGAAAGCUUUACUCCUCGCGACGUCCAAAUGUGUACGAAAAUUUUUGGAAGAUACUCUAACAUCCCAAGUCACUUAGGGCUCGAUAACACGGAAAGAGUCCCACCAGAACUCAAUCCUUUUGAUACCGUAGGUAUCUGAGAUGAGUGAAUUUUCCCCUUAGAGGGAGUGUGAGCAGUAUGGCUAAAUCUGGGAUAAUAAGACAAGGAGAAAAAACAAACUAGCUUUAAUUACUUUUAUUUAUUUGUCUUUGAGGCUUUAAUGUGAUCUGUUUUAAAUAAUUUUCGCCAAAGACAGAAAACUCAUAAAUAAUUUGUAAGGUUUUUAAGUGACUAAUGCACAAAAAACCAACAGAGGGACAAGAAAACAUUAACUCAUUGGUCAACUAUCCCUAAUGGAGGUGUGACUAAUAAUGCUGUACACAUAUACAACAUAUUUGACAUGUAAAAAGUUUCUGCGCAUAAUUGACACAACUUUUACUGGAAUUUCCAUCACCAACAUCAUUAGUUUCCGUUUGGUGAAUAUUUUGCAUUAAAUUUUUUCACUAAGGAAAAAAUGUAUUGGAUUCUUUUUAAUUCACAAAAACUUAAGUAAUAUAGCUACUGAAAGGCCAAACACACGAAACAAUGCUUGGUAAUUGCAUUGAUAACUAAUAAACACAUUCACAUUGAAAUAUAUACAGGAUAUUGACUCUUGAUUGACCCUUUACGAUCUAAACCCGAACAUUAACCACUGUAAAUAAAAAAAAGUACCAACACAGAACUGUUAAAAUAAGAAAAAUGUAAAAUAUGUAAAUAAAUAGAUCCUAAAGCCAGCACAGCCCUAUAUAUUUAAUAGAAUAUAACAUAACAUGAUAACUGUAAGGCAAUACUUUUUGUUUUAUUAAUAUAUUAAGUAUAAAAUCACUUGUUAAGGGCCAAUCUUUAAGUUCUAAUGUAAAAUGAAAAGUUUUGGAAGUGAAAUCCUCCACAUUACUAUAAAUGUUGAUAAAAGGGUACACGAAAGUGGAGAAAACGAUAAACUUUAAUGUGUGCAUGCAAAAAAAUUAUAACACGCAAUAUUGCACUAAUAUAGAUCGAAUAAUUAUUAAUAGAGACCAUUCGAAAUGUUUACGACUCAUGCACAAGAAUAGCAACCGAUAGAAGAGUUGCAGCUUCUCUGUAAAGUUUAAAUUUAACAAAACAGCUGGUUUACCACGAAAAACUCAAAGACUGGCAACCCAACACGUUAAAUAUUGUUUAAUGUAUCAAAUACAACUUAUAUUUUAAGAGAUAUAAAGUGUAGGUAGUCGUUCCAUUCAAAUAUCUACAGAUUUUAUUCAUUGUAUUUUUUUAUUUAUCUAGCGUUAUAAAAGUUAUAGUUGAUAAAAAUUGAAGCUCAUCAUUGGGCAAAUUGUAUUAAAAAUAUUGUCUAAAUUUAGUACGUAACGACACGACGUAGCAAAUUCACGAACGCCACUGCUAUAGACACGCCUCUUGGAAAUAUAAUCACGCGCGCAUUGAAAUCACACCCUUAGGAUUUGGUAACUAUAUUUACUUAACUGCGCAACAUAUUAAGUAGAAAUAAGAGUUGGAUAUAAAAAUUACGCCACUGAUAUAGAUACGCCUCUUGGAAAUAUGUAAUGGGCGCGCAUCAAGACCACGCAUUUCGAAUUCAGUGAUUAGAAUCACUUGAGCAACAUAUUAACCUGAAGUAAAAGCUGUAAAUCAAAGUUAUUAAAGCAAAUUGUGAAUGGAUGUGAAAACUGUAAGUAGGUAUUAGUCAAAGAUAUUGUAUACAUUUUGUACUUUGUAUGUAACGACAUGGCAAAUUCACGAAUGCCACUGAUCUAGACACACCUCUUGGAAAUGUGAUCACGAACGAGCAUUAAAGCCACGAUCUUGUAAUUCGAAGACUAUGGAAGCGCCAAUGCAGAUGGUACCACUAUAACUGAAACGCAAGACAAAUUACGUAGAUGGAAAGAAUACAUUGAACACCUAUUUUAUGACCAAAAAGUAGAACAAGUAGAAGUUGACGGAGAAACCACGGGACCAGAAAUAAUGAAAGAGGAAGUUAUUUAUGCCAUAAAACACAAAGCUUCAGGACCCGAUAAAAUACCAAUUGAACUAUUGAAGAUAAUAUUGAUGGCUUGGUAGACCUUUUUAACUCCAUAUACAAGACGGGACACAUACCCAAAGAAUGGCUUCCCUCAACUUUUGUAACGAUUCCAAAUAUCACAAAUGCUAAAGAUUGCAAUGACUUUCGGACAAUUGCAUUAAUGAGCCACACAUUGAAAACUUUCCUUAAAAUCAUACAUAACAGAAUCCACAUGAAAUUAUAACAAGAAAUAACUGAUUCAAAGAUGGGUUUUAGAAAGGGUCUAGGGAAGCUACAGAAGCAUUAUUCGGAGUCAAUGUUCUGACACAACGACUUCUGGAUAUGAAUCAGGACAUAUAUGCUUGCUUCAUAGAUUUUAAAAAACUUUUGACAGAGUUCAACAUGAAAAGCUUUUAAGUAUUCUUAAGACCAAAAACAUAGAUAGUAGAGAUCUACAAAUUAUAUCGAAUCUGUAUCAAAAUCAGAAAGCAAGAAUAAGAAUCGAAGGAGAACUGACAAAGGAAGUAAGUAUACUUUAGAGUAUACUUUCACCACUCUUAUUCAACGUCUACAGUGAAGUGAUGUUUCAAGAAGCUUUAUUGGAUAUUGUGGAAGGCAUUUUGGUCAACGGAAAUAAUAUUAAUAUUAAAUAUGCGGAAGAUACGGUCAUAUUUGCAAGUGACAUGAAAGAUCUACAGUACAUAAUACAACAUGUAUACAAUGUAUGUGAAAAGUACGGACUGAAAAUGAAUCUCAAGAAAACAAAACGAAACGAAAUCAAUGACAUUCUCAAAAAAAACACAAAAUGUAGAUAACCUGAUCAUCAAUAAUACAACGAUCGAAAGAGUAACAACAUAUAAAUAUUUAGGAACGUGGCUAACUGAAGAUGUAGAUCAAACAAAAGAAAUCAGAUCCAGAAUAGAAAUGGCAAGAAACACGUUCAUAAAAUUGAAGAAGUUACUUUGCAACCGUAACCUUAAUCUAGAGAUCCGCACAAGAAUGCUACGUUGUUACGUUAUUUCUACUUUACAAUAUGGCAUGGAAGCGUGGACAAUAAAACAGUCUGAAAUCAAAAAAUUAAACUCCUUUGAGAUGUGGUGCUACAGGAGAAUCCACGGAAUAUCGUGGACUGAAAAAGUAACUAAUAUAGAGGUGUUACAAAGAACGAAGAAAGAAUGUGAAGUCAUAAAAACUGUUAAAAUUAGAAAGAUUCAAUAUCUGGGUCAUAUAAUGAGGGGCGAGAAGUACGUAUUACUUAGGUUAAGUAUGCAAGGGAAGAUACAAGGGAAGAGAAACCCAGGACGACGCAAAAUAUCCUGGCUAAGAAAUUUGAGAGAGUGGUUCUCAAAUUUCAGUAAUGAUUGA